GCCACCCUCUAUUUCAAAUCUCAACCUAAUCUCCACCCUCCAUCUUCCCCAUCCCCCAAUCUAAAAUUUCAAAAACCCCCCAAAGCAAAACCCUUUAAAAAAAUUCUUCCACAGAGAGACGAGAAAAGAUAGAUCCUUUAAGAAGAUUAUGGCUUCUUCUUCAAUCAAGAUCUGCUUUUUCUCAGCUAUUUUUUCUUUUUGAAAGGGUGAUGAAGCCAUAGUUACAGUAAGAACAGCUAACUUCAGCUCUCUUUCUCUGGAAAAACAAUUGCCGGGAAUCGAUUUCGCAUUCUGUUCUUCAAUUCCACUUUCAGGUAAAAAAGUUUGUAUUUUCAAUACAGUCAAUAGGUUUAAUUGCUUUCCUGUUAUUUGGGUAUUCUUUGGACUAGCGAAGCAUUUUCUGGGUACUGAUUUUUUUUUUUUUUUGGGCGGGGGGGUGUUUCUUUGUUAGAAUGUUGCGAGAUUUCAAAUUCUUGCGCGGGAAUUCGGGGAGGAAUGAGGAGAUUGAGAACGUCCCUGUAAACCCCAGAGACUCACUGGGGUCGCAAGCCAGCUACGACUCAUUAAAUCGAGCUCCUCUUAACACCAUUCAGGAACCUACGCCUAACCCUAAACCAGAACUUGAGUCGAGUUUUCGGAGUCGAAUAGACAGGACGCCGACUAAGCCCAAACACAGAAACCCUGAUUCCACGUUGCCUCUUAGGACACCUGAGAGACAUGGGGGUUUGUCUAAGCAACGGUUUGGUUGGGCUCAGAGAAAUGAUAACAGUGAUGAUGUGAGGAUUGAUGCAAGAAAUGGAGGUUUGGUAAAUAUGACACCUAGGGUUAGUAGGGGAGUGGGGAGAGCUAAUUCUUGUUAUUCUGAGAGUAAUUCGACUCAGAGUACGCCAACAAAGAGUGUCAGUAAGCCUCCAACUACAGGUUAUAAGAGCAAGAUUGAUGGGAAUGGAGGCAUGCGUGUGGGGAAUUUUGCGGCAUUGUAUAGAGGAAUGCCCAGCUCUUGCAGUCCAGCUACUGUUGUUAAUACGGUUGAAGUGCCUCACUUUGAUCUUAAGGAGGACCCUUCGUUUUGGAUGGAUCACAAUGUACAGGUCCUAAUACGUGUCCGUCCUCUCAAUAGUAUGGAGAAGAGUAUGCAUGGUUAUAAUAGGUGCUUAAGGCAGGAAAGUGCUCAAAGCAUCACUUGGAUUGGGCAACCAGAAACUAGAUUCACAUUUGAUCAUGUGGCUUGUGAAACAGUUGAUCAGGAAAUACUUUUUAGGAUGGCUGGUCUACCAAUGGUGGAGAAUUGCUUGUCUGGCUAUAAUAGCUGUAUGUUUGCCUAUGGUCAGACAGGAAGCGGUAAGACAUAUACAAUGCUUGGUGAAAUCGAUGAUUUGGAAGUCAAACCAAGUCCACACCGGGGAAUGACUCCACGAAUAUUUGAGUUCUUAUUUGCAAGGAUUCAAGCUGAAGAGGAAAUCCGUAGGGAUGAGAAGCUAAAAUACAAUUGCAAGUGCUCUUUCCUAGAAAUCUAUAAUGAACAAAUAACAGACCUUCUUGAUCCCUCUUCUAACAAUUUGCUUCUUAGGGAGGAUAUUAAGAAAGGAGUUUAUGUGGAAAAUCUGUCCGAAUUUGAAGUUCAGACGGUGAAUGAUAUUUUGAAGCUCUUAGCUCAGGGUUCUUUAAAUAGGAAAGUUGCAGCAACACACAUGAAUAGAGAGAGCAGCCGUUCUCAUAGUGUCUUCACAUGUGUAAUUGAGAGUAGAUGGGAAAAAGAUUCCACAACAAAUCUAAGGUUUGCCAGAUUAAACCUUGUUGAUCUUGCUGGUUCAGAAAGGCAAAAAACUUCAGGUGCUGAGGGUGAGCGUUUAAAGGAAGCUGCUAACAUUAACAAAUCCCUGUCAACACUAGGUCAUGUAAUAAUGAUUCUUGUGGAUGUGGCACAUGGGAAGCCAAGGCAUGUUCCAUAUAGAGACUCAAAGCUCACCUUUCUUCUUCAGGACUCUCUUGGGGGAAAUUCUAAAACAAUGAUAAUUGCUAAUGUCAGCCCUUCUAUCUGCUGUGCUGCUGAAACUCUGAACACUCUAAAGUUUGCCCAACGAGCAAAAUUGAUUCAGAACAAUGCUGUGGUGAAUGAAGACUCAACAGGGGAUGUUAUUGCACUACAACACCAGAUACGACUUCUAAAGGAGGAGCUUUCUGCACUCAAACGCCAGAAUGUGUCGAGGUCUUUGUCUUUUUGUUCAACAGAUUUUAAUGCAGCACAUGUACAAGAAGUUGCUAGCAAUGAUAACAAAUAUGAAAUGGAUCAAGGACAGGUUGAUGAUGUGCUUGGAUAUGAAUCCAAAGGCACUGUGAGAAUGUCUACCAAACAGUUGAAGUGUUUGGAGACCACACUUGCUGGUGCUUUGAGAAGGGAGCAGAUGGCAGAAACUUCUAUCAAGAUCCUUGAAGCAGAAAUUGAAAAAUUAAACUGUUUGGUUCGUCAAAGAGAAGAAGACACAAGGAGCACUAAAAUGAUGCUCAGGUUUCGAGAAGACAAAAUUCAAAGAAUGGAGUCACUUGCUCGUGGCUCAUUGCCUGUUGAUUCUUUUUUAAUGGAAGAGAAUAGAGUGCUCUCUGAAGAGGUUCAAUUGCUCCAAGCUAAAGUUGAUAAAAAUCCAGAAGUAACUCGCUUUGCUUUGGAGAAUAUAAGGCUCUUAGAUCAACUCAGAAGAUAUCAAGAAUUCUAUGAAGAAGGGGAGAGAGAGAUACUCCUGGAUGAAGUAUCUGCAUUGCGGGAUCAGGUGCUUCAUCUUCUUGAUGCAAACUCCAAGCAGCAUGGCCAUGCGAACAUGAGUAUGCAAUCACAGGACUGCAUGAGCAAAGAAAAGGACACUCUGCACUUUGAGUUGCAAAACACUUACAACGAGUUAGAAGAAUGCAGGCACAACCUUAAUUCUUGUUUGGAGGACAAUGCAAAGCUUCAUAGAGAAAUAAAUGAUUUACGUACCAUGUUGAAUGAUCUCAAUUCUGCUUACAAUGAUCAAGAUUACAAUUCCAAAACCAUUAAGGAUUCUAGUAAAAAUGAGGACCUGGAGAAGAUAGAUGUUCAUCAAGACAUGAAAAAUGCUGAACAGAUUAUGGAUUUGCAGCUGGAAUUGGAUAUACUAAAGAUUAUUCUCCAAGAAGAGAGAUCAUCUUAUUGUCGAGUAGAGGAAAGAGCAAAGUGCAUGACUAGAGAUCUUGAACUGGCAGAAGAAAAGCUGUUGGUCAUGAGCAAGCAAUUUGAAGACAUAAACAACGAAUUGAGAGAAGCAAAGGCUGUGAUUGAAGCACUUGAAUCACAACAAAUUUUGUCAAUCAAUGAGAUGAAGGACCUGAAGAAAAGCAACAGUCAUUAUGUAAAGCUUUUGAGGGAACAGCAGCAUGAAAACAUUGCCUUGAAGAAACAGCUUGCUAGAAAGGAGGUAAGAGAUCUUUCACCAUCUGAAUGUUCUGAGAGCCAGGAGUCCAGAUUACAGCUGAAAUUCAAGUGGUUACAAGACUCCCUUGAUAAGGCCAAGAGAAUGAAUGAAUGGUACCAAGAUGAUCGUGCUUUCCAGGCAACUAAUGCAGAUGAAAUGGAUGCAAUUCGAAGGCAGGCUGAAGCUGAAACUGUUGAGGUGAUUGUCUCCAUGCAGGAAGAACUUGCUGCUCUUCAGCAGGAAGUUGAAGCUUGUCAUUUAAGAGAGAUGGAGGCUAAAAUGGGCACAACAAUUUUGGAAACUGAGUUGAAGGAGUUGCAAAAAAAAGUCCACCUCUUGAGUGAAGAUAAUAGAAAGUUACAUGAAAGGGUUGAAGAGAAGGAUGUGGAACUAAGAGUAUUAUCAGAGGAGUGGGUCACGCUGGCUUCAGAAAUUGAAAAUAUUCUGACUGAUGGCCAAGAGGAACUCAUUGAUGCCACUGAUCAACUAGAACUUAUUUCUAGUUGUUUCUCACAGAAAAGAAUUUGGAUAUCUGAUCAAGUUAGCCGGUUGAUUGGAAUCAUCUCUGAAAAGGAAUCAUUGAUUGAAGAACUUGGUAGGUGCCUAGAGGAUGCAAAUGAGAAAAGAAGUAAUCUGGAGUGCAUGCUGAAGUCUUUGAGAGGUGCUGCACUGGUCAUUAAUGAAGCACAUCAACAGGAGUGCAAUGAAAAGGAGAAAGAAAUUCUUUUAUUGAAGUCACAGCUGAGUGUUAAAACAUCUGCUAUAGUAAAGCUGGAGGAUAGAAUGCAGAUUGCAGAGGAUGACAUUAAAAAGGCAUCAGUUUGUGCAACUGUUGCUUUUAUUAUUGUGAAUAGAUUGUCAGAAACAAAUCUUGGCCGUCUCAAUGCAUUGGAGGUUAAGGAUGCCCAGCUCAGAGAAUCAGCAGAUAUAAUAUUGAGGAAGGAUGCUCUUCUUAAGGAUCAAGCUGCUGCAAUUGAAGUAGCAGAAAAACAGAUAUACUCUCUGAGAGGUGAACUAGCAGAGUAUGAGGAAAGCUAUGCUGAACUUGGGCAGAGGCUUUUACAAGAGGAACAACGUGCUUCCAUUAUGAACCAAAGGCUUAAGGAUAUUGAAGAGAAUGGAAUUUUGGAGACAGAGGAGAAACUUAAUGAGCUGAAAACCGGUUUAUCCACACUCAGGUCAUGCAUGAGCAAGUAUGCACAGAAAGAUGGAAGUUCAAAAAGAAAUACUAUGGGAAUUUGUAGCCCUGUAGAUGGAAAUGACGAAAAACAGUCAAAUGAUGAGUCAAAUCAAGAUGAUAUGGAUUUAGAUUCAGAUCAGGAGUUGAGGACUGAUAACUCUAAGUGCUCCUCUGAAGUGGAUAAGAAUUUGGGCGGAUAUUCAGGAAGUCAGACGUCUGUUGAGUCCGGGAAGUCUUUGAAGAAUGUGUUCGAUAGAGAUGUUACUGUCAUUCUUCUGAAAAAGGAAAUCGAAUCUGCUCUUCAAAGUUUAAAUGAAGUUCAAACUGAGAUGGCCAAACUAUAUCAUGAGAAAGAAGAGAUUUGGAUGUCCAACAGACGAGAAGUGGAAAGCAUGGAGCACAUCAGAACUCAGGUUCUUGCCCUGCAAGCAGCUAUGUCAAACUUUGAACAUCAAUUGGGGCUCAAGAUGGAAGCCGUUAAUGAUAAGCUAAAAUCAUUUGAGCAAACCGUGCAAGAAUCUGAGACUCAUUGGUGCCAAACAAAAGAGUUUCUUGAACUUGAAAUUGGUGAAGCAAGGACAAUUGCAGUACAGAGGGGUGCAGAGUCUUCUUGUAUUCUUGCUAAAUUUGAGGAGGCACAAGACACCAUGAAGGAGGCAGAUAUUUUGAUCAAUGGGCUCAUGAUAUCUAAUGAAAAAAUGAAGCUUGAAAUUGAAAGGUUGAAGGGAAAGGCAUGUACACUAGAAAAUGAGAGGGAUGCACUAACUGAUCAGGUUCAGUACUUGCAAUCCAUGAAUACUCUGAAGGAUCAACAACUUGAAAACCUUGAACAGCAAUUUGCCUCGAAUUUAACAGAAACAAGGGAUCUCGUUGCUGAGCUGGAGGGCUUCCUUGGACAGGUGCAGAUUGCUUUCAAUGAAAAGUUAAUGACUAUAGCUUCUGAUAGCCAUUGCAUUAAAUCUCUGCUUUUGGACUCAACAAAGUUAGUGCAAUCACGGCUUGAGGAUGUCUGGUCCGACAUAAUCGUAAAGGACUGUGCUCUAUCGGUGUUACACCUCUGUCAUAUUGGAAUUUUGCUGGAAACAGUUACAGGGCUGAAUGUUGAGAAUGGUUUUCUUCAGCAUGGCCUGAGUGAAUCUAAUGCUGUCAUAGCAGAUCUGAGGGAGCACAACUUGAAGUCAAGAAAAGAGCUUCAAAUAUGUAGAGCUCUUAAGGGCAAACUUCUGACUGACAUCAAGAACAGCUUUGAUCGAAUCUCCAGGAAGGAAGAAGAAACUGGUGAGCUUAGCAUUAAGUUAAUCACGUUUGACAAAAAGAUAUCUGAUUUACAGCUUCAAGAAGAAGUGAUGCUGCAAAGGUCUAAUGACAUUGGAUCUCAGCUUGCCAUUCUAAUGAAGGAGUUGAAUCUGAGUAAGGAAAACUUUGUAGCAUCCCUUUUAGAUCAAGAGAAACUGCUCAAAGAGAAAGAGGAGCUUCUGCAAUCUCAGACUGAGACUUCUGUGAUAGACUUGUGCUCAAAAGACAUUGAGUCCCUUAUUCUGACAUCAGAGUUAGGAGAAAUGGCUGUCUGCUUAGCUGAUACCAAAAUGGAGCUUAUCAGUGCUGAUACCAUCCUUGAUAAUCUAAAGAGAGAAACAAUUUUUUCCAAAGUAGAUGCAGUUUUGAAAGAACAGCUUUUGCUUGACAGGGAAGUUGAAAUUGCUUUUCUACAGGAAAAAAAUGAAGAAGCAGCAAGUGAGAUAAGAAAGUUGAAGACAGAAAAUAGCUUAUUUCUUCACGAUUUAGAGGAAAAAAAGUCUGAGCUUGAAUCAUGUUUAAACUGCAUCACUACUUCAAAUAUGGAAACUGAGAACCUGCAGGACAAGGUUUUAUCCUUGGAGAUUUGUGUCAAUAGUCUACAGGGUGAUUUAGAGAAGAAGAAUGUUGAACUAAAUGACCUCCAACAUUCUCAUUGUGUAGUCAUGAAUGAUUUAUGUUCCAAAAGCCAGAAUUUGCAAAUUUUUGUUGAUCGAGUGAAUGCUUUGAAGGAAGAAAAUGUUCUUCUAAGAAAAGAACUUCGACAUAGUCAGAAAAUCCUGCAUGAAGCAUACAACAGAUCAAGCUUGAGCACUUUGAACUGUGUUGAUUCUGUGGAUGCAAUGAUGGGUGACAAAUUAUUUGCAGAUGGUUUUCUGCUUUUAGACAAGAUGUUAAGGGAGAUGCAUGAAGGAGAAGAGAGGAUGUCUAAAUUCAUAGAAGAGUUUGACUACUUAGAGUGUCAGGCUAAAGAACUUGUUUCUGAGAAUGUGACUCUCCAGAUUGAGUUAUCAAGGAAGGAUGACAUUCUAAAAGGACUAUUAUUUGAUCUGAGCCUCUUGCAAGAGUCUGCUUCUAAUACUAAAGAUCAAAAAGAUGAGAUUGAGGCAUUAGAAGAUGAGCUUGCAGUGAAAUCAGGUGAACUGGAACAGGCUGUUACAUAUGGGCAAAUGCUUGAGACUCAGUUGCAGGAGAAGAUAGACAUUAUCUCCGAUCUUCAUCUGCACAUUUCAAAGGAACAUGAGUUAAAAGCUGAGAUUGAACAGGCCUUGGCAGCAAAAUCUUCUUUUGAGGAGGAGUUAAAAGAGAGAAAUAAUAUGGCUGAGAGCUUGGAGAUGCGGCUCUCAGAAAUGGAAAAUGCCCUUAGCCACAUGAAUGAUACAAAUGAAUCCUUGAGAGGCAAUAUGAAUGAGAUUGAAAGUGAGAGAGAUCAAUUCCAUGAGGAGGUCAUUAGUUUGGAAGAAAAGCUCAGAAAGAUGGAGUUCGAUGUUAGAGAAAAAGAAGCUUUGACCAUGGAAGCUUUACAGAUGGCUGAAUCAAGAAAGAUCCAUGCUGAAGCCAAGGAAGCAGAGGUGAAAUUGUUAGAGAGGUCUGUUGAAGAGCUAGAAUGUACUAUAAAUGUACUGGAAAACAAGGUUGACAUUAUCAAAGGAGAAGCUGAACGUCAGCGGUUGCAGAGGGAGGAGCUGGAGUUGGAGCUUAAUUCUGUGAAACAGCAAAUGCAGAGUAUUAGAAAUGCUGAUUCAGACAUGAAAAGGCUUUUACAUGAGAAGGAGAAAGAUCUUCAAGAAGCCCUAGAGCAAAUAAUAAUUCUUGAAAAGAACAUAGCUGAUAAAGAUGCUGAGAUUGCCCAAUGCAAAACACAUUUAUCAGAACUAAAUCUGCAUGCGGAAGCUCAGGCUAACGAGUACAAGCAGAAGUUCAGGGCAUUGGAAGCCAUGGCUCAACAAGUUAAACCAGAAUGUCACCAUAUCUCAAGUAAUUCAUCAAACAACUCAGAGAAAAAUGCUGUCAAGAGUAGGGGCUCUAGUUCCCCAUUCAAGAGUAGGGGCUCUAGUUCCCCAUUCAAGAGUAGAGGUUCUGGUUCCCCUUUCAAAUGCAUUGGCUUGGGCUUGGCACAGCAAAUGAAAUCUGAGAAGGAUGAGGAUCUUUCUGCUGCAAGGAUGCGCAUUGAAGAGUUAGAAUCCUUAGCAGUAAGUCGACAGAAAGAGAUAUUUGCACUGAAUGCCAGACUAGCAGCUGCUGAAAGCAUGACCCAUGAUGUCAUUCGAGAUUUAUUGGGGGUCAAAUUUGAUAUGAACAAAUAUGUGUCACUGUUGAAUAGUCAGAAAGUGCCGAAGAUGAUAGAGGAAGUUGCCCUUAACAGUUUAGAAUCCCAAGUAAAGGAGGAGGAGUUUGUCAAGCUGAAGCAGCAACUCAAUGAGUUUAUUGAGGAGAGGCAAGGAUGGCUAGAGGAAAUUGAUCGGAAACAGGCUGAGCUUGUAGCUGCACAAGUAGCAUUGGAAAAGCUUCGCCAGCGAGAUCAGUUGUUUAAAACUGAAAAUGAAAUGUUGAAGAUGGAGAAUAUAAAUUAUAAGAAAAAAGCGGUGGAACUUGAGGAAGAAGUAAAGAAGCUGUCUGGCCAGCAAAACCUUCAGCAGCGCAUUCAUCAUCAUGCCAAAAUAAAGGAGGAAAAUAACAUUCUAAAAAUCCAGAAUGAAGACCUUAGUGCUAGACUACGGCGUACAGAGGUCAUACUUUCUCAUGUUAGGGAAGAGCUUACUAAUUAUCGUGCUUCCAUUGGUAAAAAUCCUAAUAUUGAUUUUGAUGGGGAGCAACAGUUGAAGUAUAAACUGAAGGAAGCCGAGGAUGACAGAAUCCAAUUAGCACAGAGAUUAUUAAGCUUAUGUACCAGCAUUUUAAAGGUAGCUGGAAUAACAAAACCUGUUUCUGAAAUAUCCCCUGAUGAUGCUGAAGAAGCACUUGAUCAUGUCAAGAAUAAACUCACCUCCCUUGAAAGAGAAUUGCAAAACUUGACCCUCAAGAGUAGAACUACAAGUGAAAGAAACCGGUUGUCAGGACUAAUGCCACAAUCUCCACCAAGAAGCACUAGAACAGAAGAGAACUGUCAAUCCCCUAGACGGUCAUCCCAAACUCCAUUUCUUUCUACUCUAGAUCGAUAGAACGCUCCUGGGAUGAAGGGCAAUACAGAGUUAGUAUUUUUGCUAACAAUCAUCACACAUACAAAUUGUUUGUGAAUUUUUCUCAUCAUUCUGUUUGCUGUCUGGCAAUUUGAGCUGUAUAUUUGUGAGCAUAAAUCAAAUGUAAAUAUUCUUCAAUGGAAAUAUGUAUGUUAUAUGUUCUCCAUUUUGUACCCUGAUUGUACAAAUAUUUUUUUACCUGAAAUACAAAUUAAAGUUGUUA